GCAGCAAUUUUUGUUUUCAUCAGGGGGAUGAACGUGUCAUAAAUAGUUCGCUUUUAUAGAGGGUAGUGGAUGCAUGUUUAGCAAUGCGAUGAGGCCAGUGCACUUUGCAAGACUUGCGCUGCAGAGAGCCUCCGCGGAUCCCACGACCUGUUGCUGACAAGCCGGGGGAAAGGAGAGGGAGAGGGGGAGCCGCUCGGGAGAGACAGAGGUUACUGCCUUGGAGACGACAGCCUGGGUUUCUUCGCGGAGGAAAUCAUGCAGUUUGCUAUCUGGCUGGUUGGACUUAUGUGUCAUCUGUCAGCGCUUGUCCGAGAAACUUUGCAACACCGCUUGCACCCGAAACAAGAAAGCUUCAUCAAACAGCUGUCAUCGUAUGAAAUCAUCACCCCGCUCCGCGUCAAUGACUUUGGAGAAUCAUUCCCCCACAAAUUGCACUACAGAAGGAGACGGAGAAGUUUAAAUGAUGACCUGUCGGGUUUACGGGUUCACUACAGGAUUGAUGCAUUUGGGGAACGCUUUCAUCUCAAUCUGACCGCCGACUCCGGCUUCAUUGCCCCCUCGUACACAGUGACACACUUGGGAGUGGAACAGAGCAACGGCACGGACAUCCCCUUCAAUGACCCGAGCGAUAUGCGCCACUGCUUUUUCCGCGGACAUGUCAACGCCAAGAGCGAGUUCCCUGCAGUCUUCAGCAUGUGCACUGGCCUUGUUGGAACAUUUACGACACAAUAUGGUGAAUACUUCAUGGAACCUCUUUUAAACGCUGAGGGGGAGGAAUAUGACGAAGAGCACAACAAACCUCAUCUUGUUUAUCAACAGGAGAGGAAGAACAUCUCGCAUACGCACAACAACACAGAGCCCUGUGCCGCCUCAGAGAAAUCCAAGACGCCGGUUGCUUUUGAGAGCAAUGGGAUUAUGGGAGAGGAGCUGGAUUCUCUCAAAGCCACCAUAGCUGAUCAACACAUUUAUGACAGCAACUCCACCAACACACACCCCGAUUCCCAUCGCAGACGCAAGCGCUUCCUCUCUUACCCUCGCUACGUUGAGUUGAUGGUGACAGCUGAUGCCAAAAUGGUGCGCCAUCAUGGACGCAACCUCGAGCACUACAUCCUAACAAUCAUGUCAGUAGUAGCAGCAGUGUACCGGGACCCCAGCGUAGGAAACCUCAUCAACAUCAUGAUUGUCAAGCUAGUCGUCGUCCACAAUGAACAGGAAGGGCCUACAGUUAGCUUUAAUGCUGCCACCACUCUCCACAACUUCUGCGUCUGGCAGCAGACCCAAAACAUCCAGGAUGACAGCCAUCCCUCUCACCAUGACACAGCACUCCUCAUCACCAGGGAAGACAUCUGCCGUGCGAAAGAUAAAUGUGACACAUUAGGGCUUGCAGAGCUGGGGACCAUGUGCGACCAAUACCGGAGCUGCUCCAUCAGUGAGGAAAAUGGAAUUAGUGCCUCCUUCACCAUCGCUCAUGAGCUGGGCCAUGUGUUCAACAUGCCUCACGAUGACAACCCAAAGUGUCGGGAGGCGGGCAUGAAGCACCAGUAUCAUGUAAUGGCUCCCACGCUUAACUAUGACACCAAUCCCUGGUCGUGGUCCAAGUGCAGCCGCAAGUACAUCACAGAGUUUCUAGAGUAG